CCCGUUCCCUGGAAAGAUAACCCACACAACCCACUGUCUCUCUCCCUCUCUCUCUCUCUCUCUCUGUUCCUCUUUUUUGGCACCUUGAGAAAAAACUGGCCCUUCAAGUACUCCUUCAAGCUUUGACACUAGUGCAUUAUAUCCUCAAGUGCCGCCUCAACUUUCGUUAACAACUCUCUCUCUCCCUCUCAUAUUGUCUCAAUGAAUUUGUUGAUGAAGGUGAAGCGUAGUUGAAAUUGGGGCUAUAACAAUGGGCGAGGGAGAUGGGUUUAACAGUACUUGGCCACCUAUUGGAGCUCCUGUGUUGAAUGUGCAAAGAGAUGAGCACUUGAGCAAUUUUGACAACUCCGUUAAUGCGGUGUCGUUUGGUUUUGUUGCUACUGCAAUUCUAAUUUCCAUGUUCUUGGUUAUGGCCAUCUUUGAGAGAUUCGUCAGACCCACAUCGACUGCCGGUGGUCGGAGACACGGUGACCUUGAAUCCCAGACCGAUUUCAAUGUCAAGCUUGGUCAACCUUCACCCAAAAUGACUGUGUAUGCUAGUGGAGUUUCCGUCCUGAUGCCUGGAGAUAACAUUCCCAGCUUCAUUGCACACCUCGCCCCCGUGCCUUGUCCUCCCGAACGAAAUCCAUGGCCUCACCAUCAACACAAUCCAUCUCUCAACCCUACCACGAAUUCAAGUUCAUGACAAGAAAGCUAUAGACUUAACGGACUGCUCGCUACACAACUACCAUAAUCUACUUGGUCAAGUGAAAUUGUCUUCACCGGGCAUGCAAGAGCAAGCACGCUGAUUCAUAAGGAACUGCCAUUUUCACCAAGAGUUCUUUUAUUCUGUGUACAUAGUAUUAGUUUUUGAUGGGUUGGAUGGCUUGGCAUAUAUAUAUAUAUAUACUUGUCUCUCCAAAGUGAUGGAGCAAGCCUCUACCCAUUGUCAGGUACCUUUGUAUUCUCUUCUUUUCCAUGUUCAAAAUUUUCUGGAUGUUACCUGGAUCUUGAUAGAUUGGACUUGAUUGACCAGUAAAUGAAUCUCUCUACUUCUGUGAAA